AUGCCCAACUUCGAUGAGGGAACAUCCUCGGAUGUGCGCGUCACGGCGGCCCGCGGGACACGGUUGCAGAUCAGUGAUAGUAUCAAGAGGGAGUCGAGAGGCGCCGUGAAAACAGCCAUAGACAUCCUAGGGAUCGCAGCAUCUAUGACGCAGAAUGUGCCCUACCUCGGUGUCAUCGCGAAUGUGCUAUCUGAAGUGUUGAAGAUACAGAAUGAAGUUGAUGCGUAUAGAAAUGACUGGGAAGGGGUUAUGGGAGUUGCCCGACAAAUCGCUGCUAUAAUCAACCAAGUCCGUGAACAGUGCGAAUCGGCGGACAUUACCUCGGAGAACGCCUUCCCGCAAGUCCUAAAGGAGCCUUUCGAGGAUUUGGAGAGGUGUAUUGCAAAAACGAUUACGUCCAUGAACAGAUGCAUAGCACGUCCCACGACCGAUGGUUCCACGAGUGUGGCAAGGAAGCUCUCUAUCCGCGCGCGUGAAUACCUUGAGCGCGGGGAGACUGGCAUGGAGGUUAAGCAAUGUCGCGCAGAUAUGCAAGCGGCUCUGGACUUGUUCAACACUAAGCUGCAGAUUGAUCAGUCCUUCAGAAUGCACGCCAUGACAGCCAUUCUCAAUGAUCUUCGUCGCACUCAUUCGCAUACUGAACACCCUCCUCCUCGUGACGUGCAACAACCUGUUGAACAUACUCAACCACUGGUUCAAACUGCUCCAGAAACCUCGCGAGUGAUGCAUUCCAGCGUCUCCCGGGCGCUCCCACGUGUCAUGGCGUCUUUGCCCGCCGCUCCUAACAUUUUCCAUGGUCGCACAAAUGAAAUAAACCAUAUCGUUGGACUGUUGGUUCUUCAAGCCCCUGCACGCGUCGCCAUCCUGGGUCCCGGAGGGAUUGGAAAAACAGCAUUGGCACUGACGAUUAUGCAUCACCCUGAGGUAGAGGCUCUCUUCUCCUCCCACAGGUUCUUCCUUUCCUGCGAGGCCGCAUUCACCGCCGAUGCCAUGGUGCAAGAAUUCAUGAGGGCCUUUGAUUUGAGCGAUACUGCUAGCGAUCACAGGUCCCCGCGAGACACGAUUAUCUCCCACCUGUACACCCUCCCGUACGGGAUUAUCUGUGUCGAUAACUUCGAAACACCCUGGGAUGCAGACUCAGUGGCCGUUGAGGCCCUGCUCGCCCAAUUCGCGUCACUCGCCCACUUUGCGCUCAUAAUCACAUCGCGCGGUGCUGAAAGACCAAGAAAUAUAGCCUGGUCGCAACCGACACUUGCGCCAAUCAAAUCGCUAGACCAUGAGGCUGCAUUAGUGACCUGGAGGUCGAUAUGCCCACUGCAUGACGAGUUCUCUCGGAGAUUAAUGGAGGCGGUUGACUAUGUCCCUUUGGCCGUGACGCUACUCGCUCAACUUGCUGUUAUCGAGAGCUCAGAGGUGCUUUGGUCGCGCUGGGAGCUCGAGCAAACGAGUUUGCUCCAGACUGCGCGAGGUCCGGAGCAUAGAUUGAACAACGUUGAGAGUUCCAUACGGCUGUCGCUCUCGACCCCGCUUCUUCAUAACAAGCACGAGGCCCUACUGCUAUUGAGCCUCCUUUCUGUCCUCCCACAAGGGCUAUCAGAGUCUCGUAUCCCAUCAUUUGCAGAGGCUUCGGCUCAAUACUUUUCCAAUCUGCGAUCCUCGAUAACGCUAUUGAAACAAUGUGCUCUGGCAUAUUCAUCCGAUGACGGAUUUCUUCGCAUCUUGUCCCCAAUACGGCAUUACAUGCUUGCCAAUCAUCCUAUCCAAUCUGCACAUCUAUCAUGUUUGGCUGAUGUGUACUGCAACGUCGUCGAUUUCUACGCCGAGUUUUCCACGCGUUUAGCGUAUGCUAAGAAGAACCUGCUACCAGAGCUUGCGAAUAUCUCUGCGGUGUUCACGCACUGUCUGAAUCGGGAUAUUCAGCCUGUGCACAAGAUCUUGCGCGCGAUCAUGUCGUUCUCUCGAUUAUGUCGGGUUCUCCGCGUCUACAACGUGUCGCUACUGGCAGAAGCGAUCAGACAUGCAGGGAACGAGAGUCAAUCUCUUCGAGCAUCACUUUUGUAUCAGAAGGGCAUGUGCGCAUAUUACCAGAGCCUCGAUGACGACUCAAUAACGGCUCUUCAUCAAGCUCUUGCUCUAUACCAAGCUGAGAAUAAUGAACAGGGGCAAGCUCGAUGCCUUGAGAGUCUAGGAGAUGUUUACCAGACCCUUCGUCGCUUUGACGCUGCAAACAAUGCGCUUUCGUCUGCAUUCGAUCUUUACGCCAAGAACGGCAAUAGGCUAGGGCAGGCAAACGCCCUCGCUACAAUCGGAAAGGUGUACACCAACCUUGGCGAGCAUGAUCUGGCGAUGCAGAAGUUGAGAUCUGCGCGUGACCUGUACAUCGAGCUUGGUGAUCGUUUGGGUACUGCCAAUACCCUGAAGAACAUCGGAGCAUUGUACAAGAGUCUUAACCACCUCGGAAAGGCAAAGCACCGCCUAAAGUCGGCGCUGAGUCUUUUCGAUGAGAUCGGUAACCGGGCCGGGAAGGCGAAAGUCCUUGAACUCAUGGGGACCUUGUAUCGGGAUCUUGGUGAACCAGGCAGGGCUGAGCGCAGGUUCCGAUCCGCUCUUGCAGUCUUCCGGGAGAUUGAAAGCAUACAGGGGGAAAUUGAUACUCUCAACUCGCUCGGCGCCUUUCUCGAAGACAUACAUAGACUGACCGAAGCUCGCGAUCUCCUUCAACGCGCUCGCGACUUGGCUUUAGACGCACCAUACCCGAGCGGUCAAGCUCGGGCUAUACACUACCUUGGGGUAGUACAUGUGAAGUGUAGCGAGCUCGACGAAGCUGAGACAUGCUUCCAGCAGUCGCUGCGGUUAUACGAGGAGUCGCAAGACCAUUCCAGCGCCGAGUCGCUGCGUAGUGUCCUCGGAAGCCUACGCCAAUCCCGCUCUGGCUCAACGAGCCCUCCCCAAAUCACGUAG